AUGUCUCGACUGCUCUCUGCUCUGCUUGUCCUGGUUUCUCUGUGGAGUCACAGCCCAGGGGUGUCCGCCCCACGGCCAGGGAAUGGCAGACAUCAGACCAGACCCCAGUAUGAAGAACCUGCUGGUGUCCUGGCUCCGGAGAAAGAUCAUGGGGGUGGCGGAGAGGGAAACCCAGACAGUCCUGCAGCAAGCCUCGACCCAGAACAAGAAUUUCUGGUUGAUUUUGCAGGUAAGAAGCGUUUGUGGGUGAUCACGGCCCCGUCUCACAGCGAUAACUACCUCCGCAUGAUGGAGAAACAGAUCCAGGACAUGGAGCAGGAGGGGCUAAACUGCCGCCUGGCCGAGAGGGACACCUUUAUGGUCACCAUCAUUCAGAACGCCAUGAUGGAAGGCAGGAUCAGGAAGACCACCUUCCAGGGAGAGGCCACUGUGGAGAGCAUCGACCCAGACAUGGUCACAAAGCUGCUGCAUUACCUGGAGCUGGGGGACGAAGGCUUUUCCAUGCUAGUCAUGAAGAAGAAUCUGAGGGUGAGUGAGCGGUUCCCCUACCCCGUCCGUGGGGAGGCCAUCCUGGAGGUCAUUGAUCAGUUCCCCAUAUGCAAGCUGGAAAAACUCACCAGGAAGGGCUCCCCUCUGAAAUGUAAAAUCAUCAAGAAGAGGAUGGUGAAGAAAAAGAUUCCUGUGAUAAAGAAGGUGUUCAGUCUCCAUAUGCAGGCAAACGUUACCUCUGUCGUCCAGAGGAAGCCUGUGGACAAGAAGGCUGCACCGAAGAGCAAAAUUCAGGACAUCCUCAGUGGUCGCUCCAGGUUCGUCAUUCGAAAGAAGCCCAUUGAUUCAAAAGGAACACAAAUAUUAAUCACAGGGAAGGCAAACUCCAAAGCUGUCGGAGAGGACAACCAAAAGAAUAGUAGAAAUGUUGCUACAGAAAGAAACACAUACCACUCUACUGUGGAGGCAAGAGAAAAAAAGACUGUAGCCAAAUUGAGUGAUAAUAGGCCUAAACCAGAGGACGUUGGUGGGGGAGGAGAAUCCUUAGAGAAAAACAAAUCCAAAAGAGGGAAGAAUGAUGGGAAGAAGAAGAAAGGGAGAGGGAGAGGGAAGAAAUCCCACAGAGAGGGGAAUGAGAACGACAAGAAAGCACUGAUGGACUUUGUAGAGCAUUUGAAGGGGAACAGAAGACUUAUGGUAAAUGCUUUUAUGAGUAACUUUUAAGUCUAUCAAUCAAUCUGUUUGUUUGUGAUAGAUGUGUUGGUUCAUUUGUGAUCCAGGUGAUAGCCACGCCCAGUGACAGCACACCUCAGUAUGUCCAGCAGAGGGAGGAGAACGAGCUUCAUUUCUGUGACCUUGCCCUGAGGAAAGUUACUAUGGCAACCAUCCUGAGCUCAGGGUCCGAUACCACCCUCACCCUGCACCACUACCAACUUGGUACUGCUGCUGUGUGUGUCUGUGUCUACUGA